UUUCCAGGUGGCGAGCGUAACUGUGGAGUACAUGAGCUGGUGUGCGUCAGAAAAGUCUCUCCAGAGGUGCUGGGCUUCCUGACGGCCAUCGGACUCUUCAUCAUCCUCAUGACCCUCCUGUUCUGGUACCUCAACAACAAGUUGGCUCUCGAGAACCCGGGGAGCCUUCAAUGCCUCGAUGACUUGAGGAAAAAGAACGAGCUGCAAGACAAGGCGUACUCUGACGGCGACCGGCAGGGCUCGUCGUCGGACAGCGAGGACGAGCUGAUGGGUCAGUACCAGGAGGCGGUCAGCCGCUCCCAAGGCCUCCGGGGACGAUCCACGGCGCCCGCCGCCACGCACGCCGGAGGGUUCACCUGGGAGAGCCGUCAGAAGUACAGCCGUCAGAAGUACAGCCCUCUGACGGCUGACUACGACGGCUACAGCAGCGACGCCUCGGCCGACGCCGCCGACUGCAUCCAGAGGAUGAGACGAACGCCGCCGCUGGACGAGCUCCAGCCGCCUCCUUACCAGGAUGAGAACGGCUCCCCGAGGAUGUCCUGUACGAUGUCCGACCUGGGGGACGCCAAGUGUGACCUGUCCUACACCAGCGGCAGUCCCCGCCUGUCGUUCGGCAAAUGCCCCAGCGAGUGCAGCGACGGCCACGAGAACGAGAGCUACCUGAACAAGGGCUACGAGGAGGAUGUACCCAGCGACAGCACCGCCGUCCUCAGCCCGGAGGACAUGUCCGCCCGUGGGUCAGCAGCUCAGCUUCCUAAAGGUUACGAUCCAGAUCCACUCGCAAAGUACGGCACCCUGGACGUGGUGUUCGACUACGACUUGGAGGACCGGCAGCUGGCGGUCACCAUCAUGGCGGUGUCGGACCUUCCCGCCGUGAAACGCACGGGCAACAUCUCCUGGCAGGUCCACCUGGUGCUGCUGCCCACCAAGAAGCAGAGAGCCAAGACGGGUAUCGCCAGAGGUCCGUGCCCGAUCUUCACCGAGACCUUCCGCUUCAGCCACGUGGAGUCGGAGAUGAUCGGCAACUACGCCGUGCGCUUCCGCCUGUACAGUGUGCGGCGGAUGAAGAAGGAGAAGGCGCUCGGGGAGAAGGUGUUUUACCUCACCAAGCUCAACCUUCAGGGCAAAGUGUCUGUGCCGGUCAUAUUGGACCCCUGCUGUGCUCUCCCGGGCGGUGAAUCCCAGGUCAGCCUCUCCGACAUGACGUGCAGCGAAAGCGCCUCAUCAUUCCAGUCGGUCAGUCAGACUUCCACGCCAGAGAUCCUCGUGGGCCUGGUGUACAACGCCACCACAGGUCGCCUCUCAGUGGAGAUCAUCAAAGGCAUCCACUUUAAGAACCUGGCUGCCAACAAGCCACCCAACGGGCUGUUCUGUUGUCUAAAACACUUGAUAGGUGGACAGGUUUAUAUUAUCCGAGAUACAUAUGUUAAGCUGACCUUACUGAACUCCAUGGGCCACGAGAUGUCCAAGUGCAAGACGUCCAUCUGCAGAGGGCAGCCCAACCCCACCUACAAAGAGACGUUUGUCUUCCAGGUGGCUCUUUUCCAGCUGUCGGACGUCACGCUCAUCCUCUCCGUCUACAACAAGCGCAGCAUGAAGCGCAAGGAGAUGAUCGGCUGGAUUUCGCUCGGUCUCAACAGCUCCGGGGAGGAGGAGCUCACCCACUGGACUCAGAUGAAGGAGUCUAAGGGACAGCAGGUCUGCCACUGGCACAGUUUGUUGGAGUCCUAGCGGCCCGGAGACCAGCGAGGGUGAGCGCCGCCGCCCCCGGAGGGAACCGGGGGGCAGUGGAGGUGAAGGAAAAGACGCUCCGCGGAGUUUCGGUCACUACUGACAGCCAUCCAUUAGGAAUGUGAUUUUAUUUUCCUGCCUCUUAAUGAAUUUUUGGUUUCUUUCGAUGUUUUUUUAUUUCUACGUGACGACCUGGUUGAGCCUGUUCCAAGGAGUCCGGUUUCCGGAUGAAGCGGUUGAGUCCAUUAUAAUCUGAUCAUUUUGUUUAUCCACACCUCCGGCUCAAACCACUGACCUCAGGAUUGUCUUAAUCUUAUUGGACAGGUUUACAAAGUCAAACACGGGCACGCUCUUUUUAGGUUUUUUCUGCAACUUUUUCAACAAGUUUACGUUGUGAAUUUAAAGAUAGGCAAAAGUUCAAUUCAAUUUUAAAUUUUCCAAUUCAGUUUAUUUUGUACAGCCCAAUAUCACAAAUUACGAAUUUUCCUCAGAGGGCUUUACAAUCUGUACACAUACGACAUCCCUGACCUUUGACCUCACAUCGGAUCAGGAAAAACUCCCAAAAAGGGAAGAAACCUUCAGGAGAGCAGCGGAGGAGGAUCCCUCUGGACAGAAGCAAGGAGAUCUCAUGUGUAUAUGACAUUUAUUGCCUUUUUAGGCGUCAGAACAGGACACAACCAUUUCCACUCUUCACGUCAGUCGUGGUUAUUUCCCACUUUGUGGUGGACUUUGCGCCGCCAUUGUUAAAGGCCUUAAAAAACAUUUCCUCAGUUAAACUUUUCACCUGAACAGAACAUAUUACGUUACUAAAUAUGAACCACCGUGUUAACCAAAUUAUUUAUUUUUCCAAACCUCACUUUGACUUUUUCUUGGUCAUUGAUUUUAUGAAUCUGUAUUGUUUUUGGGAAGUAUUGUGAAGGCGUUAAGCUUUUUGCAUGGUCUGAUAAUCCACAGCGAGCUCUACGUUCUGAUCAGUGUUCCUGCAACCUGUGAGAACAGAACAACUCCACCAGGGAACCUUUCUACUCCAGAUGUCUGUUGUUUUCGCCGGAGGCGACACAAAGAAACCACGCAUCCUGCUCCUCACGCGUUAAUCAUCAUGUAUUCAUUGGAAGACAAGGUGUUGUUCAUGUCUCUGAUGAACGUUCCUACAGUUAUCUGUGGUAUUAAAAUGAGCAUGACUUUGGGGGAUUGAGGCCAAUGAAGUGGCGGCCAUUUUGGACUUGAGCUCAAUUACAACCCGUUCACGGAUCCUUCUCCGUCGACACUCUCCUCGUCGUCUGAGCCUCACCGCAAACAAACACAUCAACUGAAUCAUUUCAGACAUUUUCUUUGUCAGAGCAAAUCAAAUCCACGACGUUUACCCUGACAGUGAAAGUGUCGCGGAUGAUUUGGAGACGGCAAUUGAGCAGCGAUCUCUCAGAAGAAAAUUCUCACUCCACACACACUUUUUUGAUGUUGUGUGUAUAUAAAACACCAGUCUGUGAAAGCACCGACACACUGACAUCAGUUAUAUAUAGAAACGCGUCGCAGUCGUUUCCAUCCACGACUCAAAAGUCACACUGAAUGUCAAACACUUACAUUUAAGUUGUUUAACAUGUUUUGUUUUUUUACAUUUUUCUUUUAUGUGUAACUCUUGAAUUACAAAAACACCACGAUCACACAUCACAGUGGUUUCAACAGGUGAGACGAACAUGUUCCCGUUGCUCUCUUUUACCUGCUCUGGUGCUAAUGAUUGCAGCACGCACAGAACCCCUGAAGGCCUUAUGGUUUAGUCCACUCAUACGGUUCUGGAAGUGGACCCGGGUACAAAAACAGACCCGGGGCGCUCAGACCCUCAGAGCACACGGACCCACGAGUACAGAAAAGGGGUUCCAACUGUUUCCACUGGAGCCACAGUGUGCAACAGAAUAUACAUACGCUCUUUACUGUGCCUGUGGUGGUGGUGAAAGCUAGCUUAGUGCAGUGUUUACCAAGUGUGUGUGUGUGUGUGUGUUGACUGGAAAGGUACAGUAAAGGGGGGUGGUGCUGUGAUAUUGGUAGUUGUGGCAUUUUCUCGUUGGGUGUGACAAUUUCUGAAUUUGUAAUGACCGGUGUUUAGAACAAAGUAUCGUCUGCCGUGUACUUUAUAUACAGUAGAUGUUUUCAUAUCUAUUUUUGUAUCAACGGCGACAGAUGUUCAACCCACCCUGUGAGCAAUGCCGUUCUGGACCGCCGCUGUUUAUUCUGCUGCUUUAUUUCAUGUUUCUCCCUCUCCAAAAAAACAAUCCGUCUUGGCUUUUUCACGCUUUGGCGCUUUUUGAACGGCGUGAAACCGAAACGCAGCCGCGACAGCACAGCAGUGAAACACCCCGAGUGAAAGAUGGAGAGAGGCGUCAUAUCGCCUGAAUCCAAAAAUCCACGAUUUGGUUUGUGAUCAGCCUUGGAUUUUAUUUACAUUUUUUGUACUUGACUAGUAAAUGAACUAUUUUGCCUCACUGUUUAACAGCCUGCAGGAAGUGUUGCAUCAACAGAAGGUGUGCAGGAAUAUUGCAGCGUGAUCUUUCACGCCGUCGCUGGGCUGGUGUGAUGGCAGCCAUGUGCCAGAGUCGAGUCUUAUUACUGAAGAAGUCGCUUGUUGUGCAUCAAAAAAGGUUAUUCAACAACUCUUUGCAGAAGAAAAUGAUGGAGGGAAGAAUUCGCCACUGACAAUGUAAUCUAAAUCUAAAAUGACGACUCUCGUUAUUUUCUUUUGUGCCACACGCGUGUGAUUAACGUGCCAAUUAUUUGUAAGACCUCUUGCUACCAAUUAAUGGAAGUAAAACAUAGGCCAAAGUGAAUUUUAAUCGUACAGGCAACUGUACGAUUAAAGUUAAUGUCGCAGCUGCUUAAUUUACCACUAAAUUUGUGGCGUGGAAAAUUGUAUGUGGUUUUAAUUCCCCUCUGUAAAAUGAUUCAAGCGCACACUUGAUUUUAAAUGCUGUUUUUUUAAUAUGCAAGUUCGGAUAAAAAAUGGACCCCAACAUUUUAGGAAACUACAAUCGGGUCAUUUUCAGAUAACAUUUUGAAGUUUAGUCCCAAAAUAAAAAAGGGAAAAGUGCAAGAUUCGGGCGUCAAAAUUCAAGAAGAAACUUAAAUACUUGUAUCCUGAUAAACUCUGUGUGGAAAACACCAAACAUUCACAUUUUUAAAAUGAUUUUCUUUUCUUUGACCCUAAAAAAAAGGAAGAAAUCCCAACCACAUUUCAGGUUAUGCCGUUUUUUCACUAGUAUUUACAUUUAAAAUAUGUCAGAUAUGAGUUAUUAUUUCCAAUAGGUCAGAUAUCAUGUCCUCCGGUUAGACCACAACCUUCUCGCUCUCUUUCACAAGAUGUGUUCCACUAACGAGGUUUUUCAAACAUUGCGUCAACGCUUUGCAGUAAUGUUUCUUUUGCUCAUUUUCUCAACACGCUUUUGAAAAUUGCUGCUUUUUAAUGCUGUUUUUUUAAUUGGUGAUUAUUUCUUUCCUGCCUGUGCCUCCGACGGCAUCGGUGCCUUACUGUUUUCCACUCGGCAACCUCGUGUGACAGUGUCUUAAUGUACUUCUCCUUGUGCUGUUCUUCUGUACUUCAGCCUGGGUUUGAUCUGUGAAAUAUCUCACAAGUUGAUUGACGAUAGAGAGAAUGUAUAUGUGAUAUAAAAGAAAGAAAAAAA